CUCUCUCCUUCACAACCCCAAUAUAUAUACCUCUCUCCCACCCCAUACCCACCAAACCAAACUAAAUCAAACCAAACCUCCGACUUCCAACAAUCUGGCCACACCCACAAAGCAAAACAAAAACAAUGGCAGCCACUAGAUUGCUUCGUACUUCUGGGCCUUUGGGUCUUCAUCUUCCUUCUUCUUCUUCUUCCUCGUAUUGUAGUUUGAAAAACCCGACAUUGUCUUCGACGAUUACAAAUCGAAGCAGAGAAGGGGAGAACAGAGAGAAAAGACUUGGCGGCGGUGGUGUCGGUGAGAAGAAACCGUUGGCGGCUGUGAAGGCAGUGGCGGCCACUACGCAACGAGUUAUUAUUUCAGAACCGCAAACCAAUAUUGGAGGAGUGGGUUUGGCAUCAGAUCUAGUGAUAAAAAUCGCUAAUAUGGCUCUUUUGAUGUUAAAAAUGGCUACCAAACGAAGGCCAUGGAGGUUGCACGCACAAAUGUUUAUUGAAAGGACAAUAGUUGACUGCCGAUUCCUUGCAUUGUUUGCUGUUGCGGGAUCAUUACUUGGCUCAGUCUUGUGCUUUUUGGAGGGAUGUUUCCUUGUUAUAGAAUCAUAUCUCCAGUAUUUUCAUGCCAUGUCCCAUAGGUCAGAUCAAGGAUAUGUGGUGCAACUACUAAUUGAAGCAAUAGAUAUGUUCAUGGUAGGAACAGCAAUGCUUGUUUUUGGGAUGGGCUUGCAUGUCAUGUUUGUUGGAUCAAAACAUGGAAAUAGCUCGCAUCUCCCAACUCCAUCAUCAAACUUGUUUGGCCUUUUUAACCUCAAUACACUUCCAAGAUGGGCAUGCAUGGAGUCAGUGACACAAGCAAAGUCGAAAAUUGGGCAUGCUGUGAUUAUGAUUCUGCAAGUGGGAGUGGUGGAGAAAUUCAGGAGCAUACCUUUGGUUACUGCUUUGGAUCUUGCCUGUUUUGGCGGCGCUUUAUUAGUUUCAUCGGCAUGUAUAUUCCUCCUCUCACAGCUAUCUGUUGGUGGCACUACACCCGAUAGGUAGACCGAGGAAUCAAGCUUUUGCAACAAUGAUCACUGACCUAAAACGAAGGCAUACACUUAGUUUUAAUUAUUGGCGGAUACGCAUGAGAGAUAAAGAUACAAAAAGAAAAGACAGUAUUCGACCAAAACAUAUCGAUAUAGAUACAUAUACAACUACAACUACGGAAAAAAAAUAAGUAUAGAUACAAAUACAGGUACGGAAAAAAAAGAAAAGAAGUACGUUGAGAGUCACCCUCUUGAAGAGUUUAUUCUUUCUUUCUUUUAUAUAUAUAUAUAUAUAUAUUUAUUCAUGUAAGGAUCUAUUUCUUUGUAACUUUAUGAUCAUUAUUUACAUUAAUGGGAGGAAAAAGAUGUCCGUAUA